UGACUUCACAGUCGUGACCAGAAGAACGAGCCGAGCUAACGUAUCGGCUGGUGAAGUUUGUAACGGCAACGUUAUAAUAUCAGUGCAGUCAAAGCGGCCAAAGGCUGUCGACCAACGAAAAGACCAGUAUAUCUAUAUUGAUACCCGUUUAUCAACUAUAAAAGUAAUAUUGUCAGUUUAUGUAACUAGGUAGUUAGCCGUACACGACAGCUAAUUGCUAUAUGCUAGUUAGCAACGUAGCUAAGCCAAAGAUACGCUAGCAAGCCUGCGCUCUCCCUCUUCUUCGACAACCGGUCCCUACGCACUAGCAGAAUGGCCUUAAAACGAAUUCACAAGGAGCUGAACGACCUGGGCAGGGACCCUCCUGCACAGUGUUCUGCCGGCCCGGUUGGAGACGACAUGUUUCAUUGGCAAGCUACAAUUAUGGGGCCUAAUGACAGCCCAUACCAAGGAGGUGUUUUUUUCCUGACUAUUCAUUUCCCUACAGACUACCCCUUCAAACCACCUAAGCUUGCAUUCACCACAAGAAUUUAUCACCCAAAUAUUAACAGUAACGGCAGCAUCUGUCUGGAUAUUUUGAGAUCACAGUGGUCUCCAGCAUUAACUAUCUCUAAAGUACUUUUGUCCAUUUGUUCACUCUUAUGUGACCCCAACCCUGACGACCCGUUAGUGCCAGAGAUCGCCCGUAUCUACAAAACAGAUACGGAAAAGUAUAAUAGACUAGCGAGAGAAUGGACAGAAAAGUACGCUAUGCUUUAGGGUACAACAGAAUAGCCCGGGAAUGGACUCAGAAGUACGCCAUGUGAUAGUCGGUCAUGGUCGUAUCAACUUUCAUUAUAGCUGGAAUAAACUUUAAAUUACUGUUCUUUUUUUUUGCCCAUUUGGCCACAACCCCUUACCAUCAGCAAAUAACAGUAAUGUAUUAUUUGUUUUGCCCCCUAAAUGUAUUCACAUGCUCUUAACAAGGACACAUGUCUCCAAGGCCCCCCUUUUUGUUUUCUUUACAAAAGAUGCCAAUUGCUCUGAACUCUCAGUGAAGCAUGUAUGUCUGUAUAAAGCCAACCACAGCCACUUUGUGAAGAGCUCUUCGUUGCUCUGAAUUCACGCAGGAGGUGCCAACUAAAAAGAAUAAAGAUUCUCCAAAUGCCACCAUUUCUGUAUUGAGAGAAUCAACAUGGUUCAAUCACACUUUUGUACGCUUUUCCAAUAGCAUUAGAGAACUGAUGUCUGUGAAUGUAAUACACUAUACACUUUCUCUUAAAGGAAAGGUUCACCCAUUUUGAAUGUUGUAUCGUAUUUGUGCAUCUCUGAGCGAUGUUCUAUCGAUUCCCGGGUCAUUUAAUGUUUUUCUGAGCUAUUACAGUUCAAGCAGGCAGAAAUACAGCCGGUGCAAAACUUGUCAUACCGGCUGUAUUUCUGCCUGCUUGAACGGCAAUCGCUCAGAUACACAUGGAAUAACCACGGGAAUCGAUAGAACAUCGCUCAGAGAUGCACAAAAACGUUAUAACAUUCAAAAUGAGUGAAUCUUAACUUUAAUUGUUUGAAUGGAGAAUUGCUGAAGAUAUCUGCAGUAAAUAAGAAACAUAUUUUAUGCAUGUUAAUAAGAUAAAUAAUUGGUUUAUGUGAUGCUGAGAAUGGAUUGAGAGCAAACGUGUUCACUUUGAUCUUUUUUGUUACUUUUUCUUGUUUUUAUAACGGGGAGCCAUUAGUUAAUCCAUCAUCCAAAACACUUCUCUUUUGCACUGAAUAUGUUAUUCAAAGUUCUCAAUGGCUGAUCGAUCAACUAAUAGCUCUGCUAUUUAAUGGUUACUUUUUUUUUCUCAAUAAAGUUGAACAAAACUC